AUGAAUAAACUUUUUACCCUUAAACCAGCGAAAGAAAAGGAAUUACUAAAAGCGGCCAAACCGGUAGUAGCAAUUUUCUCAGCCAUUAGUAGUCUACAAAAAGAAAUCGACGAAAAAGACAAAAAAAUAAAAAGUAAGCAAAAAACUCCAGAAGAGAUUGAAGAAUUAAAAAAUGAAUUAAAGAAAAAAGAAAAGGAAUUACAAAAACUGGGAGAGAAAAAAGUCAAUGAAGGCAAGAAAGCCAUUCGGUUCCUACUUCACUAUAAUCAAAAUUUGGUCAAGUAUAUUGUCAAAGGAUAUUCCUCUUUUGGUGGAAAAGUUGACCCAGAGGAAUUGACUGCCGAAGGAAUUUCCUCUCUCCCCAAGGCCAUUGAAAAGUUUGACUUAAACAGCAAAAAUCGGGGUGGAGUUAAAGAAAAAAAAAGUGUAAUUUAUUAUGACAGUGAUUAUCAAAACGAUGACAAGGAAAGUAAAACCUACUCACUAUUAGAAACCUUGCAUGAUGACGAAAAUGCCGAGUUAACUGCCGAACAGGUAAAACCCUCCAAUUUGUUGGAUAUUUAUUAUCUAGCAACCGAAGAAGAAAAAAAGGAAUUAAAGAAAAAAAUGAAAUUAAACAACAAAUCUAGUCUAGAAUUGUUGCAAAAAUACUCCUUAGAAGAAAAAAAAAUUCACAGUCUACCCUUAGUGAAAAAUUAUUUGUCAUUAUUCACCAAAAAUUACAACUUUGCAGAAAUCAGCAAAAUCCUGGAGUCCGAAAUACUUUUGGAUCGCCAAGAAGAAUUUCGCACUAACUCGGACAAAAUAAUUAUUGUUAAAGUUCGUUUGGUCUAUCUACCUGGUAUCAAUAAAUCGGGGAUAUGUAAGAAAAUAGGGGUAUUAAAACCAAGAAAACCUAAUUCUGCUAAUCGAGCUUACGCACGGAUCAUUCUCAAAAACAAAAAAGAAAUUACGGUCUACAUCCCGGGUGAAAAACAUAAUCUUCAAGAAUAUUCCUCAGUUUUAAUUAGUGGUGGUGGAGCCCAAGACUUGCCCGGAGUAAAAUACCAUGUUAUUCGUGGCCAUGCUGAUACCGAAGGAGUAAAAGACCGCAAACAAGUUGGUAGUAGUUUUCUAAUUAUUAGAAAUAAUUCAAAACAAAAUAGUAAUUCCCCUAGUGAUAAACCUUCUAAGGAGGAAAAGCCCGCCCCACCCCAAAAGGGUAAUCCCCCUCCCGACCAGCCAAGCGAAGAAGAAAGCAAUUGCCCUUAUUUGAAUGAGGCUAAUUUAACUACUUCUGACCCAGAACCCAAAAAAACGUGUAUUGGCGAUGAUUUAGCAGAGUGGAGAAAGAUAUCUCCUUCUUAUAUUAUUAACCUUUGA